AUGAUUUGGCGUUGUAUUAUUUGCUGCCUCUUUGUGGCGUUGUCAUUAAGGGCUCUGCUGAGUCACAUAAACACUGUGCAUAGUUCCAGCCCGGAUUUUCAUGUGAUCUGUGGGAUUGAUGGUUGCGUUCAGGAAUACCGAGUGUACAACUCAUUUUACUAUCAUGUCAAACGGAGGCAUUAUUCGCAUUUCAUCAGUCACAAAUCGAGGUCAAGUGGAAGUCAAAAUGCAGAUAAUGUUAAAGCUAAAGGGAACAAUUCCCGUGCGUGUGCAUCUGCAGAUGCUGGAAUCCAAGUGGAAGAGAGACUUUUCGAGAAUUUCGGUAUCCCACUUCAGCCAGAAUUUCUGCCAAAUGAACAUGAUGUGUCAGGCGAUGCAAACUACGAGGAAGAUUUUAACUCUAGCGGUGGCCAAGAACCAGACAUCGCCGAUUCCUCCAGCUCUGCUGGUGGCGCUGCGUUUACGCCGUUGACUGAAACAGAACAAGAGGCAAUGCACCAAGAGGAAAGUGUCAUAAAUGAUGAGCCUGAAGUUGAUGAACUGAGAAAGCAUGCUUCUGCAUUUGUACUGUCUUCAAGAGUGAAACACUGCCUUUCACAGCGAGCGGUCAGUGACAUCAUUUCCCGGGUGCAGCAGUAUCAAGCCUCACUGUUGGACUGCCUUCGAAACCAAAUUACAGAUGUUAUUCAGAGACAAUCUGGAGUCACAGAUCAACUGAUGAGUGAAGUUAUGGAUGUUUUUAAUAAUUUUGAAGACCCCUUUGACUCUGUUUCCACUACAUAUAUGCAAGAAUCAAAUCUAAAAAAGCAGUUCAUGGACGUGGCGUCCCGUCAAGUGAACCUGAAACGCUUGCAGGGCUUUCAUCACUGCCAACAUUUCGAGGCAAUUGAUAUGGAGAUGGCUUUCUUCGUGGGACCACGAGCCGAAGGCCGGUCUGCCCUCGCACAGAGCCCCCCAACCUGA